CAGAAAGGGAAGAAGAAGCAGCAGAGAAGGACAGCAGUCGUUGACAAAAGAAACACAAAUACGCACAGUCAGCGAACGAGCAAGGAUGUGGAAGCUGUUGGGUGCGCCUGUGGCGAUGGCCGUGGCUGGGGCUGCUCUGCAAGUGAGGGUGGCCCAGGCGCAGGGCGCAGCGAGCGCUGGUGGCAGCGGGGCGCCGAAACAGCAAUCGCAGCGGUCGCAUGUAUCUGUGAACUCGCCCAUGCCCAGCUCAACGGCAAGCAGCGCCAUGCAGCACAGUCGCGAUUUCGAUGUGGUCAUCAUCGGCGCCGGCAUCGUGGGGCUUGCCACGGCCCGCGAGAUCAUCAACCGCUACCCAGACAAGACCGUGUGUGUUCUUGAGAAGGAGGCGGAGGUGGCUGCCCACCAGACAGGCCAUAACUCCGGCGUCAUCCAUGCAGGCAUGUACUACGAACCGGGCAGCACCAUGGCCAAGUGCUGCGUCCGAGGGCUAAACCUGAUGUACGAGUACUGCGAUCAAAAGGGCCUGCCCUAUGACCGCUGCGGCAAGCUCAUCGUGGCGGCCACGGAGGAGGAACACGCAACAGUGGAAGCUCUCUAUGAGCGCGGCACCACCAACGGCGUGCGCGACCUGGAAAUUGUGCAUGCAGAUCGCAUGCGUGAGCUCGAGCCAAACGUACGCGGGUACUCGGCGCUCUACUCGCCGCACACCGGUGUCGUCGACUUUGCCGUCGUUGCCCGCAGCUUUGCAGAGGACCUGCUGCAGUCUGGCCGCGGCUCGCUUCGCCUGCGUUUCGAGGCAAAGCGCUUCGAGGAGACAACGGACGUCAGCGGUGGCGAGCGCAUCGCCGUGUAUGGCACCGAGCCUGGUCAGCGCGGGCCCGUGGUCUCCGUCACGGGCAAGCACGUCAUCACGUGCGCGGGUCUGUACUCAGAUCGGGUUGCGCGGGCGGCCGGCGGCAGCCGCAACCCACGCGUCGUGCCCUUCCGUGGCACAUACUACCAGCUCAAGGAGGAGUACCGCAACCUGUGCCGCAUGAACAUCUACCCGGUUCCGGGCAACAGCGGCAUCCCCGUGGGCGUGCACUUCACGCCAACCGUGAACGAGCGCCGUGGGCACGGCACCAUCAUCGGCCCAGGUGCAUGCAUCGCCUUUCAUCGGGAGGGCUACACCUUCACAGACCUCUCGCUGCGCGACGUGUUUGAUGCACUGACGCAGGUCGGCGUCAUGCGCUUUGUGCUCAACAACUUCUCCCUGGCGGUGACAGAGCUGUACCGUGAUCUGAACAAGCGCGCGUUCAUGAAGGCCGCGCAGAAGCUCGUGCCGUCUGUCACAGAGGACAUGACCGAGAUGAGCUUUGCCGGCGUCAUGGUGCAGGUGAUGACGAGCGACGGCAACGCGGCCUCCGACUUCAUCUUCGAGCGCGCGUGCAUGAACGGCAAAGCGCUGCACGUGCGCAGCGCGCCCUCGCCGGCCUGCACCAGCUCAAUGGCCAUUGCCGAGUGGAUUGUCGACGUCGCCCAGACUGACUUCAAAUGGGUGUCAGGUGAACGGCAGCAGCAGUGGCAGUAGCGACACCACACUUCGCACCUCGCACCACCAUCUCCGCCACCACAACCAACAGGAGCUGUGGAGGGCUAACAGCGUCUUACUUGCUUUGUCUUGGAAUUGAGUGUUGUCUUCACACAAGAGGUUACUCCUGUGAGGGGUGCUGUUACCGCCCGCGCUCGUUCAAUUGACUUGUGCGCGCCAGUUGAAUGGCAUUGCUUUUCUGUCAUGUUAUUCCCUUCGUCUCUUGCGAGAGACUUGAUGUUUUCUCAAGCCCUUGUUGCUCCGGUAUUGUUGUUUUCGUGUCACUUUCACGACGCAACACCAAACCACCAGCAAAACCAGCACAACCGCAACCACAACCACCAGCACAACCACAGCCACAACACCCACAACCUUAAAGCCCACGCUCAAUGCUGCACACGUUGGGCGUGCAGACCCGCCA